AUGGCUACCUCGACCGGAUUACCGCGUAUGUCCUUCGGGGCGAGCAAAACUCUCGACCUGAGUCUGGAUCUGCCCAUCGUCCUGCUACCUCCAAACGACGACCUGCCAUCCUCAUUCGACUACGACAGUGACGACGAGGAUGCCCAGAGAACGCCCACUACCGCAAAUAUUCCACAAAUCCCCGAGCGGAGCACACGCCGAGCCCACAAUGAGUCCCCAACGCUGGGCAGUCCCAAAGUCCCCCUCCAUCCUAUUCCUUUCAUGCAGGCUGCCUUCUCCGAGUCGUUUCUCGAGGUCGCCGAUGGUAACCCCGCCGAAAAGCCGAAGCUCAAGUCUGCUGAUGCGAAAGCGCGUCGUGAAGAGCUUAUCAGCCAAGAACGGGAGGAUGAUCUACCAGACAUGCUCUGGCGCUAUCGUCCUGGGCAGCAGCAGCACGAGCUCCAUAAGCUCAUGGCCCAGAUCUCAUUCGGCGUCUACUUAUUGCUAAACGGCAUGGCCAACAGCGCAGCCCAGGUUGUCAGCAUUCUCCAGGGACAUAUUGACGAGGUGGACGAGUUUCUCGAGGUGGUCAUGGAAGACUUUGAACAAGCGUCCAAGGACCUCAAGGAGAGGAUAGACUACCUGCGCUUGCCAAUGGAGAAUCUGGAGGUAUUCGAGAAACUUUUGGAGGAUCGUAACUUUCGAAUGGAAAUCGUCCAGGGAAACGAGAAGAUCGAACACAUUGUUGCCCGCACAAACAUUCUGUUGGAGCAGUACGACAAGGAUGUGCAGCACGGCCUGGCCGCGACCAAGGAAUUUGCGAUUUACCUGGCCCAGCAAAACGGCGGCACUUGGCGCCAGGACCGCCCAGAUGUCGUUGACAUAUACGCCGCCAUGAAGGGCAAUACCGAAGGCUGGUACAACGCAUUUGUUGAGCUGCAGGCUCAGGGAAAAGACUUGAACGCUCUCGUCAUCAAGCUUGGCAAGAUGGUGGCGGAAAUGAGUAAGAAGGCUGGUGAAGUCAGCCGGAGAACCUGGGCAAGCAUUCCGCCAUUCACCUUGCCCAUUCAAGGUCCUCGAACUGACGAAGCCUCGCUCAAAUCCCCACCUGCUUCACCACCUUCACUGAGAAGCGCCAGGCGAUCGACCCUACGCGCAAACAGUGUGAGCGAGACCGUCACCGGCGGCUUCACCGGACCGACAAUCCACGCUUACUGCUCAAACGGCGCACACGAGCAGAAGUGCCCACACGGCGAGAAGCACGCAUACGAGCAGGAGCAACCACACUACAAGCAGCUCUCGCACAACUGGGAGCUUCCACACGACGAACAGCGGGCGUACAGCUCAUAG